AAGUAAGCUUAAUUAAAAUUUAAUUAAUAAUCUAUUUUUAGCGCCUGGAUUUCUUGCUGAGGACACCAGCAGUAGUUCAUCUGAAACAGAUGGCUACGAAAUGCUGGAGGUUGAGAGUGAGGUAGAGUGUGAGGAGUCAAAUUUGACUUCUGAUGAGGAGGAGGCUAAUGAUAGCGAUGAUAUGGAAGAAUUGAGUGCUGAAAUAGAGCAUUCUGAGUCAUCUACAACUGAUGACGAAGAGGUUGAAAUUUUGGAUAGGGAUGACUUGGUUGAAAUGGGUGCUGAAAUAGAGCAAAAAGAGUCAUCUUCAUCUGAUGGCGAAGAUAUUGCUAUAGAGAAUAGCGAAACAAUGGAGGAAUUGCAGGCAGAUAUUGAGCCUAAAGAGUCACAAGUGAUUCUUGAAAAAGAGAUGGUUGAUAUGGAUGGGUAA